GCUGGUAUGCAAUGAAUCGACAGACAGUCGUAUUUAAACUGUUAAGGCCAGGAGAGUACAUUGCACAAGCGAUAUGUCUUGUGGAGCUUCAUGUGAGGUAGCAUGCGGGAUCACAGCUAGUUGCCAUAAGGACCAUAAUCGAGUAUGUGGGGUGUUUCGUUUGGAGGCAGUAAGAACCCCGACCUACAUCAGAUGGCAGCUUUCCCAACGAGUGUCCUGUUUAAUUCUCACUCAAGCACAUCAGCCGGUAAAACCAUAUGUCAAUACCCAAGAGAGAUGUUGAUCGAUCUUGUGGAUGAUGCUGAUGCUGUUAGGCUCAAACACUGGUCAAACCGUAAGAGAAGGAUGACAGGUCCCAUCAAGCGCGACUUGAUCAAGAUAACAAUAAUUGACCUAGAAAUUGUCACCUGCCCAGCGGUCACGCGGACCACAUUGAAACAGUAUCCAUGCUUUAUAGG